AUGUCUGCUUCAGGGUGGCUGCAGUUCACUGGCCAUCAGCCGAAGAGGAGGCGCGCCGAGCUUGCCUGUGUCGCAUGUCAUAGCAAAAAGGUUGGUUGUUCACUUACGCUGAACAUGGAAUGCAGCACGAGGCCCUCACGCCGUGGUCGACCCUCUCGCUCACGCACUCAAAACACGCCCUUAACGCCGCCUGAUAGCAAUUCUAGUAAUCAGGCUUUCUCCUCGCAUCACAACUCCGCUGCCAGCGAGACCCGAACCCAGAUCGCGUUGCCCUGUGACCAGGUUGGAUUUUCGAAUAUUGUCGGCGACCUUUCCGGCUUGGAAAAAGACAAUAACGAGGUUGACUUGUCUCAAGAUAUGCUUGAACGGUCAUCGUCAUCAGCACACGACGGAAAUCUGGAGAGGGGAGGCUUCCACAGAACCCGGUGGUCCAAUCAUGCGACAUAUCACGAAAUGGCAGAGGCCCAACGAAGACCAGCUGUGGCCAACGAUUCGCCAUCAACACAGCGCACAGAGGAUCAUUCAGAGCACAACGACAGCUAUCCAGUUGGACAUGUCUUUCUGCCUGAACUGCAGACAAAUGCCAGGGAUCAGGAACGUCUCAUUGCGGAACGACAACCAAAAGCACCAACUUUACCAGACUCUAGUUUACAGCAAGCAUUUGCCGAAACCUACCUAGAAUACUGUUAUCCAUGGUGCCCAGUUCUCGAACGAGAUGAAAUACACCAAGAGCUGGCACGCUCACCGUUACUAGCAAAUGCCUUGGCCGUCGUUGGUAGCCACGUCCAGCCGCCAAUGGUCCCGCAUGAGGGUCCGGCCGUAUACUACGACCGGGCGCGUGCACGAUUCUACAAUGAUGAAGAACUGGACGUAAUGACUUCUCUAAAAGCGAUAUCCCUCUUCUACUGGUGGAGCCCUCGACCACCGACGAUCCUGCACCGGCAUUCUUCAUGGUGGUGGACGUGCGUUGUUAUCCGGCAUUGCCAGCAACUCGGCGUUCACCGCGAACCAGCUCUAGAUCAUCCCCUGCGACAGCAGGUCGAUCUUAGUCUCCGUCGCCGAGUCUGGUGGACAGCAUUCGCUCGUGAGCGGCUGACCGCGCUCUGCCAAAACAAACCAUGUGUCAUCGAUUCGGAGGAUUGCACCCUUUCGGAGCCAACGUUGGACGAUUUUUCCAGCACCCAUGAUAAAACCAAAGCGGAGGUCUUUAUUUAUUGGGUGCGGUUGUGUGCUAUCAUAGGCAGGAUUGCCAAAUACAUGUCAAGGACUUCCGACUCAGAAUCGUGCAUAUUCCCAACACAUCUCGCCCGUGAGCUCAUUCGAUGGGUGCAAUCACUGCCGCCACAUCUUCAGCUACCUAUUGAGUCAUGUUGUACAACAUCAUUUAAUCGAGACGUGCACCAGUUGCAUCUUCCAUAUUUGGCUGCUAUCAUUAUCAUUCACCUCAAACGGUCCUUGACCUCACAUCUUCUCCCACAAGCAUAUCCACCCGCAAUACUUGCAGCGACAUGUAUGGCGCGAAUAAUGCGGGACAUCCUCUCUCGUGGUGGUACCAGGUUUUUAAUGGCCAUUUCGGGCUGGUACUGUGGGACAGCCUUCAUCUCACUUUUGCAGGCCCUACGAAUUGAAAGUCUAGCAAAGAGUGCCAAUGAAGAUCUAGACAUUUUAACACUGGCCGUGGAUCAGCUGCGAAAGAUGUGGCCGACUGCAGCGGUUUUCUACUCUGGGUUCGGACGCUUGAGGCAUAAUGCUGCUGCGCCAGAAUUUGAUUCCCAGCGUCCGCCCACGGGCCAAGAACUGGGUAUAGGGGACCGAACCAUGUACAUGGAGAUGACAGACGGGAUUGAUUGGACGGCGUACUUUCCAUUUGCAACUUCGCAAACUAGUGAGGUUGCAAGUCGCCUACUUGUGCCGCAGAUGGAGGGAUUGUUCUUUGAUGAUGAUGCUUUUGUUGAUACGAUGCUGCAGUUUCAGGACUUGUUUGAGCCUUGUGAUACCCUAUCCGAGACCAACUUCUUUUUGUAA